AUGUCUCAAACUGGUUCAAAUGUAAUUUCUUCAACAGACAACAAAGUGCCGCCACCCUCUUGGACCACAAAACCAUUUUUUCAUGUUGAUCAAAACUUUAGUGUUGUCUCUCACACUCCGACACUGCAAACUACUCCUACAAAGGAAACAGUUCUGACCAAAGCUCCUGGAGACAAAACGUCGUCAUCAUUCAGUACACAGGAAGAAGCUCCGUGGUCCACUGACCCACCCAUUAAGGUCAUAGACAAGAUGCCUACUGUGCCUGCGUUGAAGCCCACAAGUCCCCCUGGGCAAGGAACGGAUUUGAAAAAAAGUUCCUGCAUAAAUAUCACCUACAACCAGUGCCAGAUGCUGCCCUAUAACCACACUACUUUAACUCCAGUCCUCUCUAUUGUCAAAAGUAUUGAAAUGGAAAAAUUUCUCAAGUUCUUCGGUUAUCUCCACCGCCUCAGCUGCUACCAACACAUCAUGCUGUUCGGCUGCAGCCUUGCUCUUCCUGAGUGCAUCAAUGAUGGUGAUGACAGUUAUGGAAUCCUGCCUUGUCGAUCAUUUUGCGAGGCUGCGAAGAAAGGAUGUGAACCAGUUCUUGGGAUGGUGAACUCUUCGUGGCCGGAGUUCCUUGCAUGUUCACAGUUCCAAAACAAGACAGCAAAUGACAAUAACACCAGGGUCUGUUUCUCUCCACAAGAGAGAGGAAAGCACUUGCUUUGUGAAGGGGAUGAAAGCUUCUUGUGCUCCAGUGGGAUCUGCAUCCCAGGGAUACUUCAGUGCAACGGCUACAAUGAUUGCGAUGACUGGAGCGACGAGACACACUGCAAUUGCAGUGAAGAAUUAUUCCGCUGCAACACAGGAAAAUGUCUCAAUUAUACAUUUGUUUGUGAUGGGUAUGAUGACUGUGGAGACCUAAGUGAUGAGCAGAAUUGUGACUGCAAUCCAGUGAUACAACACCAGUGUGGAAAUGGGAGAUGCAUAACAAUGGACUGGGUGUGUGACGGUGACCAUGACUGCCCUGACAAAUCAGAUGAGGUCAACUGUUCAUGUCAUAGUCAGGGACUUGCAGAAUGUAAAAAUGGACAGUGUGUUCCCAGUGCAUUCCGGUGUGAUGGAGAUCAUGACUGCAAAGAUGGAAGUGAUGAAGAAAACUGCAGUGAAAGUCAGAUACUGUGUCACCAAGGAGAUCAGAAAUGUACUUCUAGAUCCUGUCCUGAUUCCUGUAGCAACUCUUCUCUCUGUAAUGUGAAUAACAGCAGUGUAGAUUGUAGUCAGUGUGAACUAAUUACAUUGGAACUGUGUAUGAACCUGCCUUACAAUUAUACUAAUUUCCCCAAUUACUUGGGCCAUCGAACACAGAAAGAAGCGUCCAUCAGUUGGGAGUCCUCUCUCUUCCCAGCUUUGGUUCAGACUAAUUGUUACAAAUACCUGAUGUUUUUUGCUUGUACAAUCUUGGUGCCAAAAUGCAAUCCUCAAACCAACCAGCGAAUCCCGCCAUGCAGGUAAUGUUUUAUAGCUAGUAAAAGGAGAUGCAGUGCAGUCCUUGGGAUCGUGGGCUUACAAUGGCCUGAAGAUACUGAUUGUACACAGUUCCCAGAAGAAAAUUCGGGAAACCAAACCUGUCUAACCCCUGAUGAGGAUGUAGAAGAGUGCUCACCCAGUCACUUCAAGUGUCGUUCAGGGAGGUGUGUCUUAUCCUCCCGAAGAUGUGACGGGCAAGCAGAUUGUGAAGAUGACAGUGAUGAAGAGAACUGUGGUUGCAAAGAACGAGGCCUUUGGGAAUGUCCUGCGAGCAAACUGUGUAUCAAACAUGCAAUGAUAUGCGAUGGCUUUCCAGACUGUCCUGAUAAGGUGGAUGAAAAAAAUUGUUCAUUUUGUAAAAAGGAUGAGCUUGCCUGUGCUAACCAUGACUGUGUGCCCCAUAAAGGGUGGUGUGAUGGGCAGAUAGACUGUGCAGACAAGUCAGACGAAUGGAACUGUGUGACUGUGUCUAAAAACAUGAGCUCCUUGAUGUUUCUGACUGUCCACAGAUCAGCAACCAAUUACCAUGUAUGUGCAGAUGAAUGGGAAGAAAAUUUAAGCCAAAUGGCAUGCAGACAAAUGGGUUUAGGUGGGCCACCUGUGACAGAACUUGUACCAGAAUAUGAACAGCUGCAGCAUGAGAAGUGGCUGAACCUACAGUCUGAAUGGGAAAGCAAAAAUGCAUCGACAAUCCAGUCUCUUUUAGUGACAGGGUUGCCCUGCAGAAGCAACAGCGUGAUUUCCCUUCUGUGCACCAAAGAAGACUGUGGGCGUCGCCCGGCAGCACGUAUGAGUAAGAGGAUCCUUGGGGGCAGGACCAGUCGCCCAGGACGAUGGCCGUGGCAGUGUUCCUUGCAAAGCGAGCCAAGUGGGCACAUUUGUGGCUGUGUUCUCAUUGCAAAAAAAUGGGUAUUGACAGUAGCACAUUGCUUUGAGGGGAGAGAAAGCCCUGCGGUAUGGGAAGUGGUUUUUGGCAUCAACAACUUGGAUCAUCCUUCAGUCUUCAUGCAGACCCGCAAGGUGAAGACAAUUAUCCUGCACCCCCGGUAUAACCGAGCUGUGGUGGACUAUGAUAUCAGCAUUGUGGAACUCAAUGAAGACAUCAACGAGACAAGCUAUGUCAGGCCAGUCUGCCUGCCCAGCAGGGAGCAGUUAGUUGAGCCAGAUACCUAUUGCUAUAUCACUGGCUGGGGACACAUGGGCAACAAAAUGCCUUUCAAGCUUCAAGAAGGAGAAGUUCGUAUUAUUUCCUUAGAACAGUGUCAAUCAUACUUUGAUAUGAAGACCAUCACCGCUAGGAUGUUAUGUGCAGGUUUUGAAUCUGGCACUGUGGACUCCUGCAUGGGUGACAGCGGAGGACCCUUGGUGUGUGAACAGCCUCCUGGACGCUGGACAUUGUUUGGCUUAACUUCUUGGGGCUCUGUCUGCUUUUCCAAAGUUUUGGGACCUGGAGUUUAUAGCAAUGUGUCUCAUUUUACUGAAUGGAUUGAAAGGCAAAUCUACAUCCACACAUUUCUGCUCCGCUGACUCGUACAGACAGAAAUACAGUGCAGAGUGGAAGGGGAAAAGAAAAAGCAAAGCCCAGGAGCACAGAAGAAAUGAAGAUGUCAAGCUGAAGAACUCUGGUAAAUUAUAAAUUCUAAGCAUUACAAGUGUCUGGCAGUGGAACAGAAUCAAAUAAUUUGUAAGUCUUCAGGUGGCAAAAGUACUUCUAGGUAGAAAUCAUUUUUUAAAAAUCCCUUCUGGCAUUUUCUUUAGCAGAGUUGUAUUAUAUUUCUCUCACACUCAUUCCCUGACACACAGAGAAGAAGAAUCAACCAGUUUAUCAUGUAAUACUAUGCCUUUCAGACACUUUUGCAAACUUAUUAGCUUUCUAUGAUGUCAAGAGAGAAAAACCAUAUAGUGCUGAAGAGAUUGACUUCCUACUUGGACCCUGAUCAAGUUCCUAAGGGUCCAUUGAGCUAUGGGGGAAAUAUUUAGGAGGGGGAUAGAUGAUUGCAGCAGUGGAAUGCAGUUCCAUUUGUGCAUAACAGCAUCCAAGUCAAAGUUUUUAGUCUUGAGCACUUGCAGCAAAGCCAUCUGUGCAUUUACAAACGUGAUGGGCAUAUCUGAAGAAGAGUAACUCUUUUUCUGACUCCAGCCCCCACCCACCCCUGUACUCGCUUGCUAAGAGAUAAUUAUUUGGGUGUGUCAGAUGUGAUUAAACUAUGAGUAUAUUCAGUCCUGAUAUUUAUUAUUUAAGUCAAUCAUAAAAAUAAUUUCAAGGAAAAAACAAAAUACAGAAAAGGCCAAUCUGAUUAGUAUGGUGAAAGACUUGCCCACUUUAAAGGAAGGGUUAUCAGAAAGUUGUAUAAAGAAUUUCAAAUUAAGAAUCAUCAAUAUAAUCCACAGUAUGGGGAAAAUAUAUUAUAUGAGAUAUCAACAGAAAUAAUGUUGUUCAACCGGCCUCUCCUUCUGUACUUCGCUUAACACCACCAAUCAACAGCCUUAAAGGCACAGAUCUUGGUGACAUUCUUUUCCCCUUCCUUUGCCCCCCCCCCCACCAAUCAACAGCCUUAAAGGCACAGAUCUUGGUGACAUUCUUUUCCCCUUCCUUUGCCCACAUACACACACUCACACACACUCACUUUCUCUCGCUGUUGCUGCAAGGGAGGGGCUUGUUUUUAAAAUAGAAGUUUGUCUAAAAGAAAGUUUUAAGAAUGCCCUCCUGAUCAUUGGGGAGGGCAGAAGCAGAGUGGAGAGGUGGGGUGGAGCCACUUGUGCAGUUCCUUUGCAAAAGCCUACUCUGUUAUAACUAUAACAAUGUGCUGAUAUAAGCAUUUAGACAAGCAGGGAAGAGUCAGCAGCAGGGAAGAGGGCAAGGGGGAAGCAUGCA